GUUAGCAACAUUGAGAAAUCAACACAAUGAUAUCGUGUGGAAAGUAUUUGAUAUUUUUAACUCAAGCGGCAUAUCAAAUAUCAUUCUAAAUGCUUUUCAGACAUAAAGAAAAGACAAGAAUUAUUCUUAAGUUAUUAACGCGAAUUCUGUGAUGGUUUUAUGGGCAGUAAUUUGUCGAAUAUGCGUUUAUUUAUAUCUUAUAAAUGUCUUAGGGACUUCAAGCGACAACUUAGCUUUUGCGCACUUUACAAAUUCAUGGGCUGUACAUAUACCGCAGGUUGACGAAGAAACAGUCAAAGAAAUAGCUCGAAGACAUGGCAUGAUAAAUUUAGGACAGGUUGGAUCUCUCGAAGGGUUUUAUCAUUUUAAACAUCGCGCAUAUCCAAGACGUAUGAAACGUGAGACUAUUGCUCCAACAUUUAAACUAUCGCGAGAGUUUAAGGUAAAAUGGAUCGAACAGCAAGUGGUGAAGAAGCGUGUGAAAAGAGAUAUUUCAUACCCGGAUCCUUUAUGGCCUCAACAAUGGUAUUUGCACAAUAGAGAAAAUUUGAACUAUGAUCACAAUGUAUUGUCCGUGUGGAAGAAACUGAAUAUCAUAGGACGCGGUGUCUCUGUUUCAAUCUUGGAUGAUGGAAUCGAGAUGGACCAUCCUGAUCUAAAGGCCAAUUAUGACCCUGAUGCAAGCUACGACUACAACAGCCAUGAUAGUGAUCCAUCACCAAGAGCUACGUAUAAUAAUGAAAACAGACAUGGUACAAGAUGUGCUGGUGAAGUUGCGGCAGUUGCAGACAACAACAUCUGUGGUAUUGGUGUUGCAUAUGGUGCAAAAGUUGGAGGUAUUCGUAUGUUGGAUGGUGAAGUGACAGAUGUAGUUGAAGCCAAUUCGUUGAGUUACAAACCAACACAUAUUGAUGUCUACAGUUCCAGUUGGGGUCCUGAUGAUGAUGGCAAAACAGUGGACGGACCUGGUCCAUUGGCAAAAGCUGCCUUUUCUAAUGGCAUUGAUAAGGGUCGUGGUGGUCUUGGUAACAUAUUUGUUUGGGCAUCGGGAAAUGGCGGACGUGAACAAGACAACUGCAAUUGUGAUGGUUACACCAACAGUAUUUAUACCCUUUCAAUUAGUUCAGCUACAGAGCGUGGAACAUCGCCGUGGUACUCUGAAUAUUGUGCAUCCACAUUGGCAUCAACUUUUAGCAGUGGAGGAUGGAAUAUGAGGAAAAUAGUUACAACAGAUCUUCAUCACCAAUGUACAACACAACAUACUGGAACAUCAGCUUCUGCACCAUUGGCUUCUGGAAUAUUGGCUCUUGCUUUAGAAGCAAAUCCCAAAUUGACAUGGCGCGACAUGCAACACAUUGUGGUGCGAACCUCAAAACCUGAUAAACUUAAGUCAAACGACUGGGUGACAAAUGGCGUUGGUCGUAGGAUAAGCCAUCGCUUUGGUUACGGUCUUCUAGAUGCCAGAGCUUUGGUUGACCUCGCCAUUAUAUGGCCGACCGCUCCUGAGAAACAUAAGUGCGAGGAGGCAAAAGAUAUGAAACCAAGACCCAUUCCACACAGUGGAAGUUUAGUGGUAGAAAAAGAUGUUGUUGGAUGCCAGGGAAGCAAAAACUCUAUACAAUACUUAGAGCACGUGGAGGUUGUGAUUUCGCUUUCCUUUACACGACGUGGGGACCUCACUAUCGCUAUCAUCUCGCCAGGAACAAAAUCCACGCUACUUGGAAAGCGAUUAAUGGAUUAUUCGACAGAUGGUUUUAAUGACUGGGCAUUCAUGUCCACGCACUCCUGGGGUGAAAAUCCGCGAGGAACGUGGAGGUUGGAAUUAAAAAAUGUCGGUGACGUUAAGAACACUGGUACUUUGACCAGCUGGCAGCUGCGAUUUCACGGAACGCAAGACUCGCCGGAUAUAAAAUAUAAAAGUUGUUCCGGCGAAUGCAAAAAUGGAUGUCAUGGUCCGAGCGCCAGGGACUGUGUCGAGUGUGCUAACUUUAAAUCGAACGGAGUUUGUGUGAGUCGAUGUGAAGAACACGAGUAUUCAGAUAACGUCACGAAAGAAUGUCGACCAUGCUCCAACACUUGUGAAAAAUGCCAGGGUCCUGGGACUAACGAUUGUAUCAUGUGCACGUCAUCACUGUACCUCAAGGACGGUAGUUGUGUGGUAAACUGUCCAGAUGGAUGGUUUAUCAGCGAUAAUCACACUUGUGAAAGAUGUAAUUCAAACUGUUUGACUUGCAGCAAGAAAGCUGUUCUUUGUUCGUCUUGCAAGAAAUACCAAAAGCUUGAAAUGAAUAGAUGUGUCAUGAAUUGUAAGAAGAAUGAGUUCGUCUCCAUGGAAAGGUGUUGGCCAUGUCAUCCUUCUUGUCUCUCUUGUAAUAACGACACAGCUUGGUCAUGCACCAAAUGCGAUUUUACCCUCGCCACACGAGAAAGUGUAAAGCAAGAUCUGUACCUACACAGAGGAAUGUGUGUGGUCCAAUGUCCGACCGGUUUCUAUGGAGAAAGUCAUCAGUGCUUACAAUGCCAUUCUUCGUGUAAAUAUUGUAGAGGACCUUUAAAGACCGAUUGUACGACAUGCAAAGACGGCUUGGUUCGUGCUGAUAAUGGAACUGGCUUAUGUCUAGAUUACUGUCCUUCAGGAUCAAGCCAUAGGAUAUCAGAGGAUACGUGCGUCCAGUGUGGAUUGAAUUGCAGCGCUUGUGAUCCUGAUAAUCCUUCCCAAUGCACAGCAUGUCCCCAAGGAAAGUUCCUCUGGCGUGGUGCUUGUCUGCCUGCAGAAUCAUGUCCAAGAUCUACAUACCCAGAGCUCAACACAAGUCGUUGUCAAUUCUGUCAUCCGUCAUGUUAUCGAUGUAAUGACUCACCUACCAUUUGUACUGCCUGCUUUGGUUAUUCUUAUCUCCAUAACAACAAAUGUAAUUUGGUUUGUCCAAACGGAACUUUUGGUAUGAAUAAUAUGUGUCAGUUUUGCAAACCUGAAUGUUUGACAUGUUUUGGGGCGAACCAGAAUCAAUGUUUAACUUGCAUCAACGGUUUCAAGUUCUUUAACAACACUUGUGUUAAGCAGUGUCCUAAAGGGAUGUUUGUGGACCAUAAUGGACGAUGUCAACGCUGCUCCUUGACGUGUAAGGAAUGCAUUGGUGAAAAAACCAACUGUACAUCUUGCGUAGAUGGUUUCAUAAAGGUAAACGGGACGUGUAAAUCAUUGUGUGAUGACGGCACAUUUUAUAACGUAACGUUAGCAGGUCUAACAUCAAGAAAUAAAAGAACAGAUCAUUGUUCACGCUGCCAUGUAUCAUGCUUAACUUGUACUGGCCCGAUGAAAUACGACUGUCUCCGAUGCAAAGGAGUGAAAUUCCGAAACCCCAAAACCGCUCUGUGUUCGCUCAACUGUCCCAAAAAAGGCUUCUACGAAGGUCUUUCAUCCUCUCUUUGCGAGGACUGUCCAUCAGAGUGUGAGAGUUGUGUCAACCCUUUGCAAUGUUCCAAAUGUAUUUAUGGUUUGUUCCUUCAUAAUGGGAGAUGUGUUUCACGAUGUCCAGAGGGUUUUUAUGCAGACAAUCGCACUACGGCUGGAGUUUGCUUGCCUUGCAACAGAAAGUGUGAAUCUUGUGCGGGAACCGCAACCUCAUGUACACAAUGUUCGUCGUCGCUGAUACUUUAUAACCAGCAAUGUUUGUUGCAUUGUCCUUCUGGAAUGUUUUUCUCGAACGAUUUUAAAAGUUGUCUACCGUGUCAUAAUUCAUGUUUGACGUGUGUUGGUGUAAGUAGCAGUCGCUGCACUUUGUGUAAAUCUGGUCUAGUAUUUUUCCGGGGUCAAUGUCGUUCCCAUUGUCCGAUACGCUACUACCACAACAAUGCUUCUCACAGUUGUGAACCAUGUGGUAACUAUUGCCACAGAUGUAGUAAAGGAAGUGAUCCAUCUACUUGUGAAGAGUGCAUCUCACCUUUCGUGCUUCAGCAUAACACGUGCGUGAGGACGUGCUCAGCCGGCUACGUAUUGGACCAUAGGCAAGGUAUAUGUGUUAGAUGCCAUGCAACUUGUGCCACGUGCAUGGGUCCAACUGAAAACGAAUGUCUCACGUGUAAAAUGACCAAUGGAGCCUUGAAGGAUCCGUGUGCAAGAAAUCAUGUGGGAAGGGUUGGUAUAAAGACCCGUUGACCUCAUUUUGUGAAUCAUGU